GGCAAAUACGGGGGCUUGACAAAACAGACGAACAACUGGUUUGGCUAACACCCCUCUCAACCCCAAAAGAUCCCCCUGCCUUGCGUUUCAAGCCUAACGGCAACUAGAAAUCCCAAGUCGAGUCAGUUCAACAACAUGAGUCGCCAGCUGAAGUUCCAUCUGCAAGCUCCGGACGACGAGGAGUUUCCAGCGGAUCUGGUUGAGAUAAACCUGAACCCCAACUGUGGCCAGGUCAAGCAGAAAUCGGCCCAGGCUCUGGACCAACUGCUUCUGGCCACUCCGCCCCACAGAGGCUAUCCCUACGGCUAUGCCGAGGACUCGGAGCCGGAGACCUACUUCUGCCGGAAGAGCAACUCCACAGGCGAGCUGGCCGAGAAGGUAUCGCCACCCCCACCGGCGGCCACCAAUAUCAGUUGCCUGCGGCAGAUGUACUGUCCGGAGUGCCACGAGAGACUGCACGAGCAGGGAGUCCGGCUGGAGCGUCUCCUGACCAUGUGCUGCUUUGCCCUGCUGCCCAUCUAUCCCUGCUGCCCGAGGCGCUCCGCCAACGACUGCAAGGUCAUCUGCGGCAAGUGUGGAUACCUCUUGGGGGCAUGGAAAAGACAAUGAGGAGGGGGAAGGCGUGAAUGGUGGGGACUCGGAGUGGGUGCUCCGCAUUUAAUUAUUUGUUUUGCAUAGUUUUUAAGCACUUUUUUGUUGACCUUGUGGCGAGUGAUGAGCGCUGAGACUGAGUAGCCGAGUGCCAAAACAAAAUUGUUGAUUUCUGCAUUA